AGUUUUCCCGCGCGAUGCUAGCGCCACGUAUUAGAACAGGCGUCAGAUUUAGUUUGGUUAUGACAAUUUCUCAAAAAUGUGGGUAUUUAAAAAAGUUAUGGUGUUUUAGUUAAUUAUUUUAGUAUGUCAGAGUGUUGAUCAAUAUAUUUGUGGUGUUUUUAAUUGAAAAUACAGAUGUUUGACAUCAAUAAUCAUUGUUUUAUGUGGCAAAAUCAGAGCCAUGGAUAACCACAAAGAAUUUACAUCGUCUUCCACGAUAUCGUUUGUAGAAUCAAGUACAGAAGAGAAAGGCGUAAGAACCAGAAGGAAGUCGUUCUUCAGAAGGAACGGUCUUCUGAAAGUGAAUCAUAGCUCUAGUGAUGCGGACAUAUCGACUAUUGAGUAUGAACGUGAUCUAACUCCUGGGAGCUUGGAGAUCUGGGUGGAUCUGCCUGAUGAGAUCAAGUUUGAUCCGCUGUUGGCGCCUUUUAAGCAACGGUAUGAGCAGCAACAUGGUAAAAUAGAACUAAUAGAAGAACCAAAUGAAGGCGAUAAAACAAUAUUUGAUAAGAAACAUGAAGAAACGAAGAGGGAAGAUGUUGAGACUCUCAAAGACGCCACGAAUAGGUUAAUGGAACCAAUGCACGCUAUUGAAGACACCAAAUUAAAAUCAGUUAAAACGAAAAAGGUAAAACAAGCACUUCGAACAAUAAAGCUAUGUGGGCUAGUAUCCUGCUGGGUGCUGCUAACAGUGUCACUGUUGAUGAACAUGGAGCGAUCUGAUGUGGUGCUGCAUACUGCUGUUAAAGGUGGAGAGCUGAAAGAAUAUGAACUGCCAUCCAGCAGUGAGCGCGUCAAACUGCUGAUCACGCUGACUGGUCCAUUUGAGAAGGCAGCCACAAAUGAUAGUUCUAAUACGCUGCUGUUGUGGCUACAUAGGCAGGUAGCUGAUGAUGAAGGGGAUUUUCAGCAGAACUCAACAAAAUGGAUGAUCCAUCUCCAACCAGAAGAGCUCCUGGACUUCUCCCCCAGCGCCUCGGAGACUAAGAUGCUGAUGCUGCAGGACAACUCGCCCAUACACAGCAGGAGACUCAACCUGACUGCAGACCUGCAGGAAGAGAUCACCAGGUGGAACCAGAUUGGGAUUAAUGGUACGCGAGUAACUCUUCGCAUGAGCACACAGAGUAACCUGACGGUACCUCUAACCGUGAGCUACCAGCUGAACCCCAUAGACCCUGAGGAUGGCAUCAUCUACGCCACCAUACUGCUCAUUGCGUUGUAUAUGCUGAUUAUUUUUGAGAUAGUGAACCGCACAAUAGCAGCUCUCCUCUCCUCAUCCCUCGCAGUAGCUGUACUGGCCCUCAGCGGCGAGAGACCCACGUUACCCGAGCUGGUCUCCUGGCUGGAUGUGGAGACCCUACUUCUGCUGUUCAGCAUGAUGCUUCUGGUCGCAAUAUUGGCGGAAACUGGCCUGUUUGAUUACCUCGCUGUCUUGGCUUUUGAAUUGACAGGCGGUAGAACGUGGCCACUGAUCAACGUGCUGUGUUUCUUCACGGCUAUAUUCUCCACAUUCCUGGAUAAUGUCACCACUGUCCUGCUUAUGACUCCUGUUACUAUCAGAUUAUGCGAGGUGACACAACUAAACCCCGUCCCAGUUCUGAUGUCGAUGGUGAUCUUCAGUAACGUGGGGGGCGCCGCCACGCCGGUGGGCGACCCGCCCAACGUCAUCAUCGCCACGCAUCCAUCUAUAGUUAAAGCGAAUAUAAACUUCACAACGUUCACAUUGCAUAUGGGCGUCGGUAUUCUAAUCGUUGGAGUACAAACGUACUUCCAACUCAGAUUUAUGUUUAGAGAUAUCAAUAAGCUAAGAAAUAGUGUGCCCAGAGAUAUUUUAGAGUUACGCCAGGAGUUGGCGGUAUGGAGACGCGCGGCCGCCUCACUGUCUUCAUACUCGCGAGACGAGGACAUCGUGCGGAGAGCGCUGGAGAAGAAGGUAUCGAGGCUUAGCUCGGCACUGCAGCGGCGUGAGGCGGGCGCGGCACCGCGCUCAGACCCCGCCUUCACGCAAACCCUUGCUGAGAUGAAGCUCAAGUACCGCAUCAGAGACAAGCCGCUGCUGGUGAAGUCAGCAGUCUGCGUGUCAUUCGUCAUCAUCGUGUUCUUUCUGCACGCCAUACCUGAACUGCAGCGUCUGUCUCUGGGCUGGACAGCAUUACUGGGUGCUCUGCUACUGCUGCUACUGGCAGAAAGAGAUGACCUGGAGCCCAUACUGGCGAGGGUCGAAUGGUCCACGCUGCUGUUCUUUGCAGGACUCUUUGUGCUCAUGGAGGCGUUAUCAAAGCUGGGCUUGAUAUCGUGGAUCGGUAACAUGACGGAGUCGCUCAUACUGCAAGUGGGUGAGGAGUCGCGACUAGCUGUGGCCAUCAUGCUUAUAUUGUGGGUGUCAGGCAUAGCAUCUGCGUUCGUGGACAACAUCCCGCUAUCGACGAUGAUGGUGCGCGUGACGGCGCGGCUGGCGGCGCCGCGCGGGCUCGCGCUGCCGCUCGCGCCGCUCGCCUGGGCGCUCAGCUUCGGCGCCUGUCUCGGAGGUAACGGCACUCUAAUCGGCGCGAGCGCAAACGUGGUGUGCGCAGGAGUGGCGGAACAACACGGAUAUAGAUUCACUUUCGUACAAUUCUUAAAGAUCGGCUUCCCUAUCAUGAUAGGAAACUUAAUAGUAGCUUCGUUAUAUCUGUUAUUUUGUCACUGUUUUCUUGAACUACAUUGAUAUUUAUAGAAAACUAGCUUCAACCCGCGUCCCAGUCGUCCGUUGCCAGAUGGUGAUAAAAAUCUUAUGUCCUUCUCUCUAAUUUUCAGCUUAAACGUUUUAGCAAUUGUUGAGUUAUACGUAGUGUAACUAAUACGACUUUCGUUAAUUUAUAUAGAUAACAUAGAAAAUCUUCCUUCUAACAUACCUUUAAUAUUAGAAAUUUUCUUGAAAACUGAAGCAUCAUUCAAAUGUAUGAUAAAAAAAGCAAUAUUUUUUUCAUGUAGUAGCGAAAAGUAUACGAUAUAAAUGUUAUAUAUCAAUGAAUACUAAAUUAAAUAAUGUUAUAAAUAGGUUGCCUCCUAUAGAUUCGCUUAUGAAAAACUUCACGAAACAAGAAAAAAUAACAUUCUGUAUUUUUAUCAUAUUUUUAUACAUCGAUUUCUUAUUAAAAUUAAAUCAGACUGAUAAGAAAUAGUUACUUUUGCAAUGUGCCAAAUUGUUAACACAUUAUUUUUGUAAUUUUCAAAAGUAAGUAAAAGUACAUGUAUGUCUCAAAUAGUGACAAAAUAAAUAGGUACCUACUAUUUCCAUUUUCUUUUAAUAGUAAAUUGUUGAGAGUUGUUAAAACUGAAAAUUCAUAUUUAUUUUGCUCUCUGCUACCUAUGAGUAUAAUAUGGUUUUGGAGUCUUUGAAGUUGAGACAAUAAACUUAAUAUUUAUUAUUUAAAAACUACUUAAUUUAGAGCAUUCUUAUUUAUUUCUAUUUCAAUUAAACACAACGACAUAAAAGUAAGAUAACUUUAAUAUUAAUUGAAAACCAGCAUUCCUGUAUUUUUAAUAUUUAUUUAUGUUUUAGAAAAAAAAAAACAUUUAUCCAGUUCUUUUUUCAUGACUUUCGAAUACUAAUAAAAUUCUUAAAUAAAUUCCACCCUGUAAAAUAUUUUUGAGAAUAAUUUAUUGUCCCCAGCAAGGGUCGUAAAUACAUAAGGGUACAAAUAAUUAAUUGUGAUAAUGUAUAAGUAUUAUUGUGAACUACGAAAUAAAAUAAUUUUAAUUAUGUU